AUGUCUUCUUCGUCUGGUGUCGCCGAUCCCGAACCGGACACUAUGAUACAGGACAACGUCGCCGCGGCGUACGCGCCGUCCGGUUACUCGAUAACCGAAGACUUUAAGUUACAAGCUCAUGGUCUAGACUCUCCGCACCACCAGGGAUUGUACGGGGGCCUAGGUCACUCUCCCACUUCCGGUUCGCCUUGUUCCGUGUACGCUUACCAGCCGUAUCACCGAAAUUACGGCGCUGGCCAGUUCCAUCAGUCGACGGCCGCCGAAAUCCAACAGCAACAGCAGCAGAUACCAGUGUCCCAAAUGGUGGUACCACCUUCUCUAUCGGCGCAAAAGUCUUCGGACGACGCGGCCGCCGCUUGUUGGCUACAGCAUAAUGGCGGUGGAUCGGUUUUCGAACACCACCUGCACCACCAACAGCAGCUGUCAUCGGCGUACCAGUCUCAUCACCAGCAGCGGCAGCAGGAUAACAACGGCUUGACUGGAGGCAGCCAACAGCAGCAGCAGCAGCAACAACAGACGGCCAAGAUGACGCAGCAACAGCAACAGAAGGCGGUCAAGGAGCAGCGGAUCCGGAGACCCAUGAACGCGUUCAUGGUAUGGGCGAAGGUGGAGCGGAAAAAAUUGGCUGACGAAAAUCCCGACUUGCACAACGCUGACCUCAGCAAGAUGCUCGGUGAGUAA